AUGGACUGCUUUGAGAAAGAAAGCUUUUUCUGAAGCCAGCCAGAAAGAAAUGGAAAAGAAGUCCCCAGUAAGCAGAACGGAGAGCGUGGACAUCAUUCGAGCCACUACAAGAAGGCUCGUUGCUCCGUUCUCGUCUCCGAAUCGUAGGCGGAGCAGUAGUGUGCCAAUGCAGGCUCCCGUUGCAACGAAAGGACACCCUUCUUCGGAGUCGUCCGCUGUCUUGGACGGCAGGCAAAGGUCGGAUCGCAUGCCCAUGAGCAGCCCGACAGGAGAGAUCACUUCUCCCAUGACUGAGCUGGCUGCGCAGGCCCGCUCGUCGGAUAUCGCUGCUGCCCUGGCUAGCAGCAGCAAUGGUGCCAGUGCGUCGGGAGGUGGUGGUGGGGGUGACAAGCAGUUAUUUGAGGGUCUGACGUACUGUGGACACUGCACAGUGGACGCGCCCAUUAGCCAGACGGAAGCGAAUCGUGCAAUGAACAUGCUCCGCAAGCAGCCGCAGGAGUCCAUGUCAGUGCUGGUCAGUGUUCCGGUGACCAGUGAUGGCUCCGUGCGACUCAUCGACCGAGACAGCGGACUGGAGCUGACCAACUACCCGAUCCGCUCCGUGCUGUUCUGUGCGCGCGGCACGCGCGAGAACAACGCAAGAGACUGCAUGGCGUUCACCGUGGCACACCGCCAGGGGUCCGGCGUGUUUUAUUGUCACGUGCUGAAAGCCGACGAGGAGGAUAAAAUUCGCCGCAUGCUCCGUCUUCUCGGCACUGCGUUCAAGCACAACACACAGCGGCAACGUGUUUUGGCUGCAACCGAAGGUCGUCUGAAAACUCUUGAUUUCAAAUUUCAGUUUUUCAUCGACAUUGGCGAAGAAGACAGUAAAGGCCAAUACAUAUGUGUUGCUCGCGAUAAAGAUCUCUUCAAGCUACGCCAAAGUAUCCCCAAACAGAUUGGGCUAAUCCUGGCACAAACACAGGAGGUGCCUCUUGUACUACAGCGCUGUUUCGGUGUUCUCAUUGCCGCUGGGCGUGAUGUCAGUCAGGCCCAGAUGCACCCUAUUGACAAUGUGCAAAUGAAGGCAGCAGAUGAUGGCAAGUCCUACUACAUCACCGGCCAAUGGGACCCAGCCGAUCCCAACCAUGCCAGUCUGAAUCAAGAGACGCCCAAAGGAGACAAGCUGUCAUUGACAAUAGCGGCCGAUUUAGUGUUUGCUGGCAUUGCGGAACCCGUUCGGUUUGUCCGGCAGAUCAAGGUACGGGUCUUCAGGAAGAACGAGCGAUUCUGGAUCUCCACUCGGCACCCGUCCAUGGAGACGUUUCACAUCAUUGCAUGCUCCUUCCACCACAUAGUCAUUGUUGCAUUGCUGCUGACCCUCAACUAUUGUGAGAUGAAAGGUCAAUACCUGGCAUAUGCAACCUAG